CAUUAGCCCACUUCACCGCGUCCCCUUUCUCGUUCACCUUCCCCGCCCUCCUCCGCUACCUCCCGCGGCUCACGCGCCCGCCCUCCGCCGCCGGCGCCGGGGAGCUCGCCGUGGAGGAGGGGACCGCCUCGAGGGUAACGCGGUAGGCCGGGAUCCGGGAAGCUGCUGCAUCGUCCCUAACGGCCUCGGCGACUCGCUCGCCGUGUCCCUCAUCGAGGCGCAGUUUGAGCCACACUUUUUGCUGCCACUGCAACUCGGCCGGGCGGAGCUCAGAUCUGAUCCAAAAUAACGUGCAUCCAGGUGCAGCCACUCCUCGUCGACCAUGGAUUUCAUGAAGGUUUUCGAUCAGACUGUGCGUGAGAUCAAGAGGGAGGUCAAUUUGAAGGUGCUCAAGGUCCCCGAGAUUGAGCAGAAGGUACUUGAUGCAACAAGUGAUGAACCAUGGGGCCCCCAUGGAAGUGCGCUUUCAGAGCUUGCUCAAGCUACCAAGAAGUUCGCUGAGUGCCAGAUGGUAAUGAAUGUCUUAUGGACUAGGCUUGGUGAGAGAGGCGCGAAUUGGCGUCAUGUGUAUAAGGCCUUGACAAUUAUUGAGUACUUGAUAGCCAACGGUUCUGAGAGGGCAGUUGAUGAUAUUCUUGAUCAUUAUUCUAAGAUCUCGGUUCUUUCAAGCUUUGAGUAUGUGGAGCCUAAUGGAAAAGAUGCUGGAAUAAAUGUGAGGAAGAAAGUAGAAACUAUUGUUGGCAUCCUAAAUGACAAGGAGAGAAUAAAGGCUGUGAGAGACAAGGCGGCCAGCAACCGUGACAAGUACAUUGGACUAUCAUCAACAGGGAUAACAUACAAGUCAAGCUCAGCCUCAUUUGGUAGUAACUACAGUUCAGGCGAACGUUAUGGUAGUUUCAGUGGCACAAGGGAAGCCGACUCAUUUGGUGACAGUUACAGGGAUAAAGAACCUGUUAAAACCUCCACAAGUAAAACUGGCAGUAAGUUGAGAAAGGAUACAAAGUCUGAUAGAAGGAAUGAGGAUUAUAGUUCACCCAGCUCCUUGAAUCCCCCAUCUAAUACAAAGAGCAGUGAGGAUGACUUUGAUGACUUUGAUCCCCGCGGAUCAAAUGGCAAAGCUGCUGCUAAAUCAACUGAGGUGGAUCUGUUUGGCCCAAACUUGAUGGAUGAUUUCAUUGAUGCAUCUGCAGCAAUUCCAGCAACAGACAGUGCCGUCGAACCACAGGUCGAUCUGUUUGCUGAUGCAGAUUUCCAGUCAGCAACCACAAGUACAGAGACAACUGCAAAUAUGGAUGUCCAGGGCAAUGUUGACCUUUUUGCAGAAAAGACUUCUUUUGCUGCAGCAUUCCCGCCACAGACUGGGUUUAUUCCACCACCAAGUUCCGGGGUAUCUUCUGAAGUAAAUACUUCCGUAUCCAAGAACGGGGCUCCUGAACCUUUUGAUCCUUUUGGUGCUAUUCCUUUGAACAGUUUUGAUGGAUCUGACCCAUUUGGUGGCUUCAGCUCAAAUGCUGGUUCAUCUACCGUACCACCACCCACACACGGUUCUACUGGAAAUAUUAGCACAUCAAACCAGAACCUUCAGGCUGCAUCCGACUUUGGUGCCUUUGUAUCAAACAAUGAAGAAGCAGCUAAAGAUCCAUUUGAUCUUUCUUCAACUGUCAAUGUCAGAAAAACGCCCUUGGCAGCUCCCAAAACCGAUGCAUCUGAUUUUGGUGCGUUUGUAUCUAGCAACGAGGAAGCAGCUAGGGACCCUUUUGAUCUUUCUUCGAGUAACAACCUUGGAAGGACAGACCAAACACCUUUGGCAGCUCCCAAUCCUAGCGCAAAGAAAGAAAAUUUUCAGGUGAAGUCUGGCAUAUGGGCAGACUCCUUGAGCCGAGGAUUGAUUGAUCUGAACAUUACUGCACCGAAGAAGGUGAACCUAGCCGACAUUGGCAUUGUCGGUGGCCUCGGUGAUGGGUCCGAUGAGAAGGCCAUGCCCUCUUGGACCAUGGGCACGACAUCUGGCCUAGGAAUGGGCAUCCCACCUUCUACACAAGCCGGUGGCAUCGAGAGCUUGGCGAACUACAACAAGCAUCAAUUUGGCUUCAAAUGAGCCUCGAGCUCUCAUACAGGAAGAUCUCUAUCAUCGGCAAUUUCCUCCUCUGCUGGCCUGCCCAUUCAAUAUAUGGUUAUUGAUUUAAUUUCCUUUUGUUCGUUCUCUGGUGACUUCCCCACACUACAUUUUGUACCAAGCAAUCGUGCCCCGGUUUGAUGUCGCGCUUGUAUGUGGUAUUUACCGUGUUUGCGGGUAUGAUAUUUAUUGGGUUUGCAUAGCAUCCAACUCCCCGAUCAUAGCCUGUUUGAGUUCGAAUGAUACAUCCGGUUGCUAUGCAGCAUGUGUAAAUCCUGUGGCUUCCCUCUGUACUCUGUAUAACUACAGUACCAUCUUGCAAUGCUUGAGUUUUUUUUAAUCCAAUAAUAAGAGAAUCUAUGCCCUUAGUGA